CGGGCGGUGGCGGCGGCAGAGGCGGCGGGAGGAUGACCUCUUACCGGGAGCGGAGUGCCGAUCUGGCCCGUUUCUACACUGUUACCGAGCCCCAGCGACACCCGAGGGGCUACACAGUAUAUAAGGUCACCGCCCGGAGAUGGGGUCUCGCUGUGUUGCCAAGGCUGGAAUGCAGUGACUAUUUGCAGGUGUGAUCAUAGUGUGCAACAACCUCGACCUCCUAGGCUCAAGCGAUACCCACCUCAGCCUUCCAAGUAGCUACGACUACAGGUUGUUUCUCGAAGAAAUCCAGAGGAUGUCCAGGAGAUAAUUGUAUGGAAGAGAUAUAGUGAUUUUAAGAAACUACACAAAGAACUAUGGCAAAUUCACAAAAACUUAUUCCGACAUUCAGAAUUGUUUCCUCCAUUUGCUAAAGGAAUAGUGUUUGGGCGAUUUGAUGAAACUGUUAUCGAAGAGAGAAGACAAUGUGCUGAAGACCUGCUACAGUUCUCUGCCAAUAUUCCCGCUCUUUACAAUAGUAAACAGCUUGAAGAUUUUUUCAAGGGUGGAAUAAUUAGUGAUAGUUCUGAGUUAAUUGGUCCUGCUGAAGCUCACUCAGAUUCCCUCAUUGAUACCUUUCCUGAAUGUAGUGCGGAAGGCUUCUCCAGUGACAGUGAUCUGAUAUCUCUUACUGUUGAUGUGGAUUCUCUUGCUGAGUUAGAUGAUGGAAUGGCUUCCAAUCAAAAUUCUCCCAUUAGAACUUUUGGUCUCAAUCUUUCUUCGGAUUCUUCAGCACUAGGGGCUGUUGCUUCUGACAGUGAACAGAGCAAAACAGAAGAAGAACGGGAAAGUCGUAGCCUCUUUUCUGGCAGUUUAAAACCCAGGCUUGGCAAGAGAGAUUAUUUGGAGAAAGCAGGAGAAUUAAUAAAGCUGGCUUUAAAAAAGGAAGAAGAAGAUGACUAUGAAGCUGCUUCUGAUUUUUAUAGGAAGGGAGUUGAUUUACUCCUAGAAGGUGUUCAAGGAGAGUCAAGCCCUACCCGCCGAGAAGCUGUGAAGAGAAGAACAGCUGAGUAUCUCAUGCGGGCCGAAAGUAUCUCUAGUCUUUAUGGGAAACUUCAACUUGAUGAUGUAUCUCAGCCUCCAGGAUCACUAAGUUCAAGGCCCCCUUGGAACCUAAGGAGCCCUGCCGAGGAGCUGAAGGCCUUCAGAGUCCUUGGGGUGAUUGACAAGGUUUUACUUGUAAUGGACACAAGGACAGAACAGACUUUCAUUUUAAAAGGUCUAAGGAAAAGCAGUGAAUACAGCAGGAACAGAAAGACCAUCAUCCCCCGCUGUGUGCCCAACAUGGUGUGUCUGCAUAAGUACAUCAUCUCUGAGGAGUCAGUAUUUCUUGUGCUGCAGCAUGCGGAAGGUGGCAAACUGUGGUCAUAUAUUAGUAAAUUUCUAAACAGAAGUCCUGAAGAAAGCUUUGAUAUCAAGGAAGUAAAAAAAUCUACACUUGCAAAAGUUCACCUACAACAGCCAACUUCUAGUCCUCAGGACAGCAGUAGCUUUGAAUCCAGAGGAAGUGAUGGUGGAAGCGUGCUUAGAGCUCUGCCUUUGAAGAGUAGUCUUACUCCAAGUUCUCAAGAUGACAGCAACCAGGAAGAUGAUGGCCAAGAUAGCUCUCCGAAGUGGCCAGAUUCUGGUUCGAGUUCAGAAGAAGAAUGUACUACUAGUUAUUUAACAUUAUGUAAUGAAUAUGGGCAAGAAAAGAUUGAACCAGGGUCUUUGAAUGAGGAGCCCUUCAUGAAGACUGAAGGGAAUGGUGUUGAUACUAAAGCUAUUCAAAGCUUCCCAGCACACCUUGCUGCUGACAGUCACAGCCCCAGCACACAGCUGAGAGCUCACGAGCUGAAGUUCUUCCCCAAUGAUGACCCAGAAGCAGUUAGUUCUCCAAGAACAUCAGAUUCCCUCAGUAGAUCAAAAAAUAGCCCCAUGGAAUUCUUUAGGAUAGACAGUAAGGAUAGCGCAAGUGAACUCCUGGGACUUGACUUUGGAGAAAAAUUGUAUAGUCUAAAAUCAGAACCUUUGAAACCAUUCUUUACUCUUCCAGAUGGAGACAGUGCUUCUAGGAGUUUUAAUACUAGUGAAAGCAAGGUAGAGUUUAAAGCUCAGGACACCAUUAGCAGGGGCUCAGAUGACUCAGUGCCAGUUAUUUCAUUUAAAGAUGCUGCUUUUGAUGAUGUCAGUGGUACUGAUGAAGGAAGACCUGAUCUUCUUGUCAAUUUACCUGGUGAAUUGGAGCCAACAAGAGAAGCUGCAGCAAUGGGACCUACUAAGUUUACACAAACUAAUAUAGGGAUAAUAGAAAAUAAACUCUUGGAAGCCCCUGACGUUUUAUGCCUCAGACUUAGUACUGAACAAUGCCAAGCACAUGAGGAGAAAGGCAUGGAGGAGCUGAGUGAUCCCUCUGGGCCCAAAUCCCAUAGGAUAACAGAGAAACACUAUGCACGGGACGAUCCCAGGAUGUUAUUUGUAGCAGCUGUUGAUCAUAGUAAUUCAGGAGAUGUGUCUUUGUUACCCAGCUCAGAUCCUAGGUUUCAAGGACUUGGAGUGGUUGAGUCAGCAGUAACUGCAAACAACACAGAAGAAAGCUUAUUCCAUAUUUGUAGUCCACUCUCAGGUGCUAAUGAAUAUAUUGCAAGCACAGACACUUUAAAAACAGAAGAAGUAUUGCUGUUUACAGAUCAGACUGAUGAUUUGGCUAAAGAGGAACCAACUUCUUUAUUCCAGAGAGACUCUGAGACUAAGGGAGAAAGUGGUUUAGCGCUAGAAGGAGACAAGGAAAUCCAUCAGAUUUUUGAGGACCUUGAUAAAAAAUUAGCACUAACCUCCAGGUUUUACAUCCCAGAGGGCUGCAUUCAAAGAUGGGCAGCUGAAAUGGUGGUAGCCCUUGAUGCUUUACAUAGAGAGGGAAUUGUGUGCCGCGAUUUGAACCCAAACAACAUCUUAUUGAAUGAUAGAGGACACAUUCAGCUAACGUAUUUUAGCAGGUGGAGUGAGGUUGAAGAUUCCUGUGACAGCGAUGCCAUAGAGAGAAUGUACUGUGCCCCAGAGGUUGGAGCAAUCACUGAAGAAACUGAAGCCUGUGAUUGGUGGAGUUUGGGUGCUGUCCUCUUUGAACUUCUCACUGGCAAGACUCUGGUUGAAUGCCAUCCAGCAGGAAUAAAUACUCACACUACUUUGAACAUGCCAGAAUGUGUCUCUGAAGAGGCUCGCUCACUCAUUCAACAGCUCUUGCAGUUCAAUCCUCUGGAACGACUUGGUGCUGGAGUUGCUGGUGUUGAAGAUAUCAAAUCUCAUCCAUUCUUUACCCCUGUGGAUUGGGCAGAACUGAUGAGAUGAAUGUAAUGCAGGGUUAUCUUCACACAUUCUGAGCACCUCCGUGACAGGCAUCUCCAGCACUGAGGCACCUCUGCCUCACAGUCACUUAUGGAGCACCAAAGCAUUUGGAUAAAGACCGUUAUAGGAAAUGGGGGUGGGGGUUAGGGGAAUGGCUGAAAGAGAACAAUUCGUUUACAAUUACAAGAUAUUAGCUGAUUUUGCCAGGGGUUGUUAUAUACAUACCUUCAACCGAGGUGUGAUCUGAAUUUAGUCCACAUUCGGUGUUGCAGAUGAGUUGUAAAGCCAACCGAAAGAGUUCCUUCAAGAAAUUCCUCUGUAGGAAGCUGUAAGUGUAGAAUGAAGUUUUACUUGAAAGGACCUUUACGUGGCAGCUAACAGUGCUUUUUGCUGACCAGGAUUGGUUUAUAUGAUUAAAUUAAUAUUUGCUUAAUAAUACACUAAAAGUACUUCAUGAACAACGUCAUCAGUGCAACUUAAAAGUGAGAAAAAUAGAAUAUACAUGUAAUUUCUGACAGAAAACCUGUACCCUGAUGCUAUAUAAUUAAUGUAUGUUGAAUGUGGUCCCAGAUUAUUUCUGUGAGAAGACACUCCAUGUUGUCAGCUUUGUACUCUUGGUUGAUAUUGCUUAUUUAGAGAAGGGUUCAUAUAAACACUCACUCUGUGUCUUCAACAGCAUCUUUCUUUCCCCAUCUUUCCAUUUUCUGCACCCUCUGCUUGUUCCCUCAUAUUCUGUUCUUCCAACUCCUGCUAACACACAUGCAACAAAAAAGGGAAGGAAGUGCUUAUUUCCCCAAAUUGUGUAAGGACUAAAAAAUCAUGAUGUCAAAUAAACAUGGUGAAACAUUA